AUGUACAGCCAUAGAGAGUGGCUCAGAUACUCUGUCUACUUCAUAGAAAAGUAUAGGUAAAUCCUCUGGACCAGUAGACACCAGCUCAGAUACAACAUGUACAACCAUAGAGAGUGGCUCAGAUACUCUGUCUACUUCAUAGAGAAGUACAGGUACAGCCUCUGUACCAGGAGAAACCAGUUGAAAAGCACUUGUUGA